AUGACAAUGACAAUGACAAUGACAAUGACCAUGACAAAGACAAAGACAAAGACAAAGGCAAAGACAAAGAUACAACGACACAAAGACACAAAGACACAAAUAUACAAAUACAUAAAAACACAAAGACACAAAGACAAUGACAAUGACAAUGACAAUGACAAUGACAAUGACCAUGACAAUGACAAAGACAAAGACAAAGACAAUGACAAUGACAAUGACCAUGACAAUGACAAUGACAAUGACAAUGACAAUUACAAUGACAAUGACAAUGACAAUGACAAUCACAAUCACAAUGAAAAUGACAAUGACAAUGACAAUCACAAUGACAGUCAAAAUCACAAUGACAAAAACAAUGACAAUGACAGUCAAAAUCACAAUGACAAAAACAGGCACACAUACUGA